AGUUAAGAACCUAUUCUUAUUUACAGACUUGCCUAGUUAAAUAAAGGUUACAUAAAAAAAAUGUGUGUUCAGGAAUGUAUUUGUUCUCCAGUCCCUUUAAUCUGACGCUAUUUUGAAUACAGUAGCGGCAGAUGUCGUCGCACAUAGGCUGGAUCACAUGGUUACGCAUAGUGUUUGACGUAGUAGGUUAUUGGAUAGAAGAGGAAGAGAAGAUGUCUACUGCCAUCCUAAUAUAGCAGAAAAUAAAAACAUCGACCCAAUUCAUUUUACACAUCAUUUAGCGGUCUAGGCUACAACCACUGCAUGGUAUUGUUGCAUAACGGUCUCAAUGGCUGUGGCAAAUGYGAAACAAACGGUCCUAAAUCCGGUGAUUCCAUUCACUGGGGCCAUACCUGGGGGCCUACACCCUGGGGAGAUAGUCCUUAUCCAGGGCACUGUUCACAAUGAUGCUGACAGGUUCCAGAUGGACCUGUCCUGUGGCACCAGCACUAAACCUCGUGCGGACAUCGCCCUCCACUUCAACCCCCGUUUUAAGGGCUCCCCGUGCGUUGUUUGUAACUCUCUGGUGCAGGAGAGUUGGGGCAGGGAGGAGACCCUUCAGCAGCUGCCCUACAGACAGGGAGCAGCCUUCGAGACGAUCAUCCUGGUCCAUGAUGAUGUCUUUAAGGUGGCAGUAAAUGGUUCUCAUUUGUUUGAAUACAAGCACAGAAUCCCACUGGACAGGAUUGACACAUUUUCUAUAUCUGGGAAAGUCAAGGUGCGCGCCAUUGGCUUCAUACCAAACUCAGCAAUAUACUCAAUCUCAGGUGAAUCAGGUGACCUGAGUCUCCCUUACAAAGGCAGUCUACUGAAAGGGGUGAGUCCAGGACAGCACAUCACAAUCAAGGGACAGGUCAGCAUGUACCCACACAGCUUCACUGUGAACCUCCGCAACAACGGCAGUGAGAACAUCGCUCUGCACCUGAACCCCCGGAUGAAGUCGGCCAUGUUCAUCAGGAACUCCUACCUUAGUGAGUGCUGGGGACCAGAGGAGAGGGAGCUUCCCGUCUUCCCCUUCUCACCUGGGGAGUACUUUGAGAUGCUGAUCCUCUGCCAGCCCCACCAGUUCAAGCUGGCGGUGAAUGGCUCUCACCUGCUGGACUACAGGCACCGGGUGCAGGACCUGAGUACCAUCAACCAGCUGGAGAUCAUGGGAGACCUGGAGCUGAUGGACAUCAAGCUGUGGUGACCCAUGACAGAGGCAAGCUAGGCCCCGAUGGGCUAAGCCCUAUUCUGGACGACAGGCCCGUUCACAACUCCCCCACCCUGGGCAGUGAGCAGUGCUUGAGCCAGCUGGUGUUGGACUGGCCUGAUUAUGGGCUCCAAUGUCUGAGCCAUGAGGUUUACAGCUGAGGUAGCCUUGGAUCUGUUCAAGUGGAUCCACAGAAUUUGACAGUCAUACUUGUAUGCAUUAUCUGGUGCAAGGGAGGCUGGUAUAUUGUGUAAUGACAGGAGUAUUAUAGAAACAGCCUCAUUUACACCUUGCGCUAACCUGUGGGUUUUGUGAUCUGAUCAAUAUGAUCCAAUCAAGGUUUGUUGCAUCUACAUAGUAUUAACAUGCAUCUUAUCCAUCCGCAUUGUGACUGGAUUUCCUAGUCCCUCCCUUACAUUUGAAAGAAUUUAUUUAUUUUAAGACAAUUAUUAAUGCUUAAUGCUACCUGUCAAUGAUUUAGAGGCUGAUAUGAUGAUUUAAAUGGUUUGACCCUCCAGAUCUGUUUACAAUUGCUUGUCUGACUACCUCUGGAGGUGGUCAGGAAGAUAUGACCACAAUGUCUUUUAAUCCACUACAUCCGUCUAAAAAUGUGGGCACAAUCAAGACAAAGGUCGCAUGUUAGCACCAGGUAUAAACUCAUUGGAAGGCCAUACAAUUUACAUUUACAUUGACCGUGAUUUGGAAGAGCUCGACUAAAAUAUCUCUUGGAGCUGCACUAUUUUUCAUCAUUCUAAAAUUAAAUACUUAACCCUAAUCACUAAAAUAAUCCAUUUUCAUUCAUCCAUCUCAGGUCCAGUGCUGAAACAAAGUAUAGGAUGGUUACAGGUGCUGCUUGACAACUCAGGAAUAUGAAAAUCCUGAAUAUAUUUAAUGUUCUGUACCUGAGGGAACAUGUGGCUUUUUAUUUACCCUAUGUAGGAUUUGUUCUUCAAAUAUAAUCCAAUAGCUGGUUUUAAGAUCAUACAUUAGAAAGGCAAUAUGGCCUGAAAUGUUGUCACACGGUCAAACGCUUUCAUGUGAAAUGGCCAAAUCUAGUUGACUAAGCUCACCCACCAUAUGACCUAGGGCUGGCUUCAAUCCGUGUAUUCGAAGACCAGCAUUAUUGCUUGAUUGAAAUGUAAAGGCAACAUUCGGAGGCUGCAUUGGAAAUUACCUUCGCAUUUUAACGCGGCUCUUUCGCGAUAGAGAUUAAAUCCAGCCCCUAGUCUAGUGCACUUCAAUCCAAGCACAACUACAAUACAGGGUCAAACCAAUUGCACUGGUUGGUGAUGGUUCAAUGAAAACAAGGGCUGGAUUCAAUCUGUAUGCGAAACCG